GGUUGUUACCAUGGAUACGUGUAUGUCAACGGAAGUGGGGCUAAAGUUGCAUGUUGUACACUGACCAUUUCUUUAUGUGGCUCUAGUAAAUUGGGUUUCUUCUCGAUAAUAUUCGUUUGGAGAUUAAAUCCUUACAUUGAGAGAGAUCCUGCUAACUAUCGAUACGUUUUUGUUGUUCAAACCCAGUUGCGGAAAGAAAUGGAGGAGUCGGAAUUCGUGAUCAAUUUCUCGGCCCUAGAAAAAGAGUUAGAGUCUGCUGUGGAAGCUGACAAGAAAUAUCGUCGCGAAAAUGAUGCAAAGUUCAGGGCUUUGCAUCAGAAAGUUGCCACCUAUGAGGAAUUUAGAGAUAUUGUAUUAGCAUCUCACCUGAAACCCUUGGACAGGAAGGACAAAGCCGGUGCUCCACGGAAGCAGCCCUGGAACGCGGUAGCCUCUACGAAGAGCUGUCGCGACCCCCAGACUUUUGAAGGGAUCCAGCCCCAGCCGUCUGACUUCCAGCCCAGGACAGCGUCGGAGUUCAGCCGGGACUGGCGGAGGCUGGGCAGCGGUGUUGGCGAGAAGUACAGUCUGCUCGUCUCCCUGGGAGGGGAGGUCCUGAGGGGCAUCUUCAGCGCAGAGGUGGGCUUUGGCCUGCUGGGGGAGCUGCUGCUCGUUCUGUCUCGGGGCUUCCAGCCUGCGGAGUGGCCAGUGGUGGUGGGGGUGCUGGACGGCCUGUUGAGGACGCCACGAUUCGGCCUCAACGUGUCCUUGCUGAGCAAGGGAGAGAAGGGGGCCUGUGAGGAGCUGUUCCGGAAAAUUCAGAAGGCAGUGGACAGCAAAGCGCAGUUUGAUGUCAGUCAGAGGGCUGAAAUACCACCCAGCGAUACUACAGCAGUCAGCGAUGCUACAGCAGUCAGUGAGGACAGCGGGUGUGGAGAUCAGGGUGUGGAAACAGUAGAAAAUGACAAUCCUCAUGAACAAUUGAAACAUUUAAUGCAAAUCUAUGGUGUUCCUAGCAGUGGUCCAUAGACAGGUUGGGAAUAUGAGGGGGUAGGCCACCCAUGGAUGGAUUUACAUACACUGGUGAUGACAUGAGCCAUUAUGGAGAAACUAAGAGCUAAAGUGGUCAGAGGGCUUAUUCAUAUCAGUCUUACCUUAGAUUUUUUGUGUGGUUGUGUUCUCAGUUACUUUCUCAUGAACUGAAACAGUGUAGUGGUUUGGAAAAUUAAAUACUUUUUCAUGAA